AUGCCUCUAUAUACAAAAUUCCUCAAAGAGCUCAUCAAUAAGAAAAGGAGCUGGAAUGAGAAAGAGACAGUGAUCCUAACACAAGAAUGUAGUGUUGUCAUCCAAAGAGGUCUUCCUCCAAAGCUCAAAGAUCCAGGAAGCUUCAUCCUAUCCUGCACUAUAGGCAACAGAACAUUGGACGAGGCUCUCUGUGACUUAGGAGCCAACAUCAAUUUAAUGCCCCUGUCACUAAUGAAGAAGCUUGCAAUAGAGGAAGUCAAGCCCACCAGGAUGUCACUCCAAAUGGCUGACAGAUCACUCAAGAUACCAAAUGGGGUUGUGAAAAAUUUAUUAGUGAAGAUUGGAGAAUUCAUUUUCCCUGCUGACUUUGUUAUCCUGGACAUGGAAGAAGAGGGACACAGUUCAAUCAUAUUGGGACGACCUUUCUUAGCAACAACAAGAGCCAUCAUUGAUGUGGAGAAAGGGGAGAUGACCCUCAGGGUGCAUGAUGAAAAGAUGAUCAUCAAUGUCUUCAAGGCCAUGCAAUAUCCUCUAGAGAAGGAAAAGCACAUGAGAGUGGAAAUGAUAGAAAAAGUGGAGGAGGAGCUACUGAAAGAUGACAACCAGGAGGAAUAA